UUCUUUCUUCAACUCACACGUUCAAACAGAGCCAGCAUCUUGGACCAUGCAACAUCCGAUCCCUGUCCACUUUAUAAAAGGAUUAACGCUCUCCCACCGGCCAAAGAACGCCGCUCCCAAUGGACCGGGAAGCAGAAAGGCAGAACAGGGGAGAAGAACUGCAAGUUAGAUACAGAGGAGUGAGGAAAAGACCUUGGGGCAAAUACGCAGCAGAGAUUCGUGAUUCCACAAGAAAAGGCAGCAGGAUUUGGCUGGGGACGUUCAGCACGGCCGAGGAGGCCGCGCGCGCCUACGACCGGGCGGCCUUCGGCAUGAGAGGCCGCUUGGCCAUCCUCAACUUUCCCCAUGAAUACCAACAUGGAGCCGCAGUUCAUUACUAUUCAGCAGCGCCAUCUUCAUCAUCGUCAUCGAUACCACCAUCAUCAUCACAGUUGCCGCCAUCAUCGUCCUCGGGUGUUACUGUGGAACAAGGAAGGGAGAGCAUGAUGGCUCGUGCGAGUGGCUUUCAGAAUGCCCAGAAACCGGUGGUUGAAUUUGAGUGCUUGGACGACACGUUGUUAGAUGAACUUCUUCAACCUUCCGAGGAGGGAUGCAGCAAGACAAGAGGAGGAAGAUGAUGAUCAAUUAAUUUAGAGACUGCAGAAAGCAUUUGAUUUCUUCUCAUUAAUGUAAUUGAAUUUUUUUUUUUGAAGAGGAAAUGAUGAGUGCUAACUGCCAAGCACAUUAUUGUUCUUCAAUUAUUUAAAACUUUUCAAUAAGAGAUUGU